AUGGCCUUCACCCCAAAACCUCAAAGAGAUGCAUGGGUCUUGGGAUUAACAGCUUACUACCGUCGCUUUAUUACAAACUAUGGGAGAAUAUCUUUGCCACUCACACAGUUACUUAAGAAAGACGCCUUUGUUUGGUCCCCGGAGGUAGAGGCGGCUUUCCAACAACUUAAGGUGGCAAUGACUACAGUUCCAGUCCUUGCAUUACUUGAUUUUUCAAAGAACUUUGUAUUGGAAAUCGAUGCUUCGGGGUAUGAAAUGGAGGCAUUACCUGUUGGGACAUCGGAUUAUAGUCCGAACGAACCAACACAGCCAAAAAUAUUUGUUAGAGUAGAGGAUUGUGCUUGGAGAAUUUCAGCGGUGGAUUAA